UCAACCGAGAUUUGCAAAAAAAAUUGUUUUGACAGUUUGGAAAGCGCCGAUUAUGAAUAAUCAAUAACUAUUUUAAUUUGUACCACACAUUGUAGUGAUAUUCACAGUGGGCAUAAUUUGUUAGAAGCACAAGAAAUUACAAGAUGAAAUCUCUGAAGUUGAAAUUCAAACCAAAUCAAGGCCUUGCGUCCAUACAGUCGCCGGUCAUUCGGUCUAGCUGGUUCAGAGGCUUGAUGGCAUCACCUGCGACGACGACGACGGCGGUUGGCUGCGAUGACGUCUCGAAGACGAAGAGCAGCGGCAGCAGCAGUGGCAACGACGACACCCCCGUGAAAGGCGUGGCUUAUGAGGCGCCGCCGGCGGAAACCGGAAGCAGCGCCGCGAGCGCCGAGACUACGUCGUCGCCGACAAAGCCACGGCGUACGCCAGUCGGCCACGAGACGCCGAACAUACCGAAUGUCGUUGAGUAUCACUUGAAGGUGAAGCCGCAACCAGCAAACACUGCCAGGCACAACGGAACUGCUACCACUGCUGCGGUAUCUGGUUACGAAAUGAAGAAAGAACAGUCAAAACCAUCACUAACCGAGGAACAGCGCAAGGAGCUGACACUACGCCUUUCAAAGCUGUCAGUCGAUAGCAAUGUCUUCGAGGGUUCAAGCGAUCUACCCCAAGUGUUCCAAGUCAAAUAUCUCGGUUCGCACGAUGCCCGCGGACUUUGGGGUAUUAAGCACAUUCGUAAACCCGUCGACAACAUGGUUGCAGCGGCCAAAGCACUGCCCACUGGUACAAUCCUGCCUUUCAUAAAACUCGUCAUCUCUGAGGAUGGCGUUGGUCUGUUACCGCUGGGCAAACGCCGUGCCGACUCCAUCUCGAAAAUCUACCCAAUCGAGAGUAUCUCUUACGGAGUUCAAGAUUUAGUUUAUACCAGAGUAUUUUCCAUGAUCAUUGUCAGAGAAACAGAAGACUUCAGGAGAUUAUCACCCUUUGAGUGUCACGCGUUUGUUUGCGAGUCUAAGCAUCAUGCCAGGCAAAUGACUUACGCACUAGCUGCUGCUUUUCAAAUUUACUCGCAGCACGUAAAAGAACGCACUGAAGAUCCAGUCAAAAGCUGGUCCAAAGGCUUCGCUAUUGAUCUCAGAAAUUCUAAUGAGAUUGAGGCUGAUUUCACGCUCAAUCCAGAGGAAUAAAUUUAAGCGUUGCGUUGUUUAAUGUACAUAGUUUUUGUAGAAAUUUGUUAACUACAUGUGUAGGUGAUAUUUCGAAAGCUUAAGACUAGAAUAUAAUAAGUAUAGAUGUAAUUAUAAUGGCGUAUUUGUAUCAAUUAAGGUUUGAUAAAUUAUUUAAAGUAAAAUUCAUUAGAAAUUAUUAUGUUUCGUUGUUGGUCUCACGUACAAUAUCGUUUAAUAUAAUGCCUAUAGUUGAGUUCAGUCGUCUAAAAACAAUGGUGAACAUCAUAUUUGUGCAAAACUUGAAGCUUUUAAUUUUUUGAUAACGUUUCUGAAAUGAGCAAAUUCGUAAGCAAAUUAUUAUUUUGGAAAGUUUUUGAUAAAUUAUUGCAAAAUGAUGUUCAUUUACGAGAAACGGCGUAAAACAGGGAUGUCAUCACAAGCAAAAUUCAUUGAUGUAUUUAGGAAUACGUCUGUUAAAAAUUAAAUUUGAAUUAGGUUUUGAACACAAUUUUUUUAUAUUCAUCGUCAAAAUAGGUAUAAAUUUCAAUAUAAUUACAAGAAUAGAAUUAAUGUUUAUGAUGCAAAUGUAGAUAAAUUAUGAAGCUAUAUUAUGUUCAUAUCAAAACUACUUAAUGUCAAUCUUUAUAGUUAUUAGUACAGCUAGGUUUGAAUAUUAUUACAUUAAACGUUGACGUUAAUUAGUCUCUAAUUGUUUUUGUGCAAUGUUUAGUAUUCAGCAAAAUAUUAACUUAUCAUUGUUUGAAAUAUUUAUAAUUAAACAGCACAGAUAAAAUUAUUGUCAUUAACCUGUAACCCUUAAUGUUAUAAUGUUUGAAAAUAGUUCAUAACAAUAAUAAAAAAGAAAGCAAUAAUUCGCAUUUGACGUAAAGAAAAAAAUUGUAAAGCACAAAAAAAUAUUGUAAAUUGUAUGUUGUAAUCAAUGCAUGGCAUACAGUAAAAAAACUUGAAAGUCUUCCAUAAAAACGUUCGAUUACCGAGUAUCUUUUUCGGGAUAGAAAGAUGAGGCAACGGCAUAAGUGUACUUAUAUUUUGUUUGUCGUGAUGUACUGACUUAUAGGAAAAGCGAUACAGUCUUGAGGAAUGUUUUCUCAGCUGUUAAAAGAUGGCUAGCUAUCCAAAGAUACCGACUAGAAAGUGACAAGUGGUUUUGCAACUUGCUGCGAUACUUUUUUUACUUGCGACUUUCCAAUUUUCUUUUUUUUUUUCACUUCUUAAUAUUUUCACAUAAAUUUUGGUUAUAAUUUUGUAAAUAAGCUAUAGCACUUUCUUAAUUUAAUGGAGAUUUUCCGCUUUCUUUUAAAUUACAAAUUUAAAUAUUCAUUGAUACAUGAUUUGAAUACUAAUCUUUGAAUUCAAUAAUUAUUAAAAAAAAUUUAAUUCAUAAGUUUCAAAAUUUAUAUGGCUAAUUAGUGCCGUUUCACUGUGUAUAUAUAUAUGUAUAUAUAUCGGCACCAGAACUUCAUACCUUACUUUACCAUAACUUAAUUGACAUUAAUGCUUAUUAAUAUUUAGUUCGAUCAUUUCGAGAACCAAUAUCGAUACAUAUCAUUACUGUUAAUUGUGCAGCUUCUAGCUAUUUCUGUAAUAUUUUUUAAAAGCAUACUGUAUUUACCUAGAUAAUGCAUAACUUUUUAGUAUACGUUAUGAUUACAUUAUGUGUUUUUCUAAAUCUUUCAUUGCUUCUUUACUUGUCACUUCGUUACUAGUGAAUUUUGUGGAAAAAAAUUAAAAACUACUAGUUUUUAUAAAAUACUAUUAAAAUAGG